AUGGAAUCCUAUAUUGCAAACAGUCCUGCGUCUUUUGCUCAAGAGCGGAUCUUUCUUGACGAACAAGUUCGCUUUUCUGAUGAAGUUGCCAUCUACAAUGAAUUAUUGGUUCUGCGAGUCGUCGAAGGUUCAGUAUCGAUCGCUCGUUUAUUAAAAACGCUUCAACAUAUUUUAAGCAAACAUACUAUAUUACGGACAUCUAUUAUUUUUGAUAAUGAAGAUAGUACUUUAAAACAAUACAUCACGGAUAGUAAUCUAUUAUUCUCAUUAUUUAAUGAGAAAACAUUUGAAAAUGAAAGUGAAUUAUUUGAUAUUAUCUAUAAGCUUACAAUCAAUCCUACUUUGUUUAAUCUGUCUGAGGGUCGAGUGUUUCAUUGUGAAAUUCUUCGACAACAGAACUCAUGUACUGAUAGUAAUGGCAAUGAAUGGAUCAAGAAGUGUGACAUUCUUAUAAUGGCUUUCCACCAUGCAGUAUUUGAUGGAUCAACUGUCCCUAUCUUUUUGGAAAAUCUGACUCUUACUUACAAUAACAAUUAUAAAAUAACAUGUUUUGAAGAUGACCAUUCAAUGCAGUAUAUUGAUUAUAGUGUACAUGAACGUUUGAUGGAUAUGACAUUGUCUCGUGAAUUUUGGCAUUCUGAACUUGAAGGCUACGAUUCCGAACAUGCAUCAGCAUUACCAGUUGAUCGAUACUAUUCAACUGCUCAUCAACGAUCAGGUUUAUCGUCGACAGCUUUCAUAACAUUCAGCGAGGAAACUUCGAAAUCGUUCCUUGACUAUGCAUCUUCACAUCAGGUCACACCGUUUCAGUUAGGAUUAGCCAUCUUUUAUACAUUUCUAUUCAAGUUAACUCACGGUCAAACUGAUCAAUGUAUUUCUUGCGUUAAUGCCAAUCGAUACAGAACUGAAUUACAGGAUUUGAUUGGAAUGUUUGUUUCAACCUUACCAUAUCGUGUUCAAAUCGAUCCUUAUUGGUCAUUUGUUGAAGUUGUCAGACAUGUCCGAGAAAAAUGUUUAUCAAUUCUUGAACAUUCUCAUUAUCCAUUGCAGCAUAUCCUUGCUGACUUUCAUUUCAAUCCAUUGAGUAUCCCAUUUCUUCAAUCAACCUUUGAUAUUAUAACUGUUACUACAGAAACCAAUUAUGUAUCUUUGAAGGGCGCAAGUUUAGAAUAUGUACCAAUGGAAUUAUCUUUCGAAGCGGCGAAAAUUGAUUUUUUAGUGAGAUUUGUUUACAAUCCAGUUUCCAAUGAAAAUCAACUAUCGUGUUCAUUCAUCGGCUCGCGAGAUUUAUUUGAUCAACCGACAAUCCCAAUAAUUGGAAUGAUUCCAUUUAUAUCCCUGUCAUUAAGUUCGAUCUAA